AGGGACAGAAAGGUAAUAGAAAGCCCUUUGUCCGGGGGUCUCUUUGUGGUUGCUAAUAAGUGAUGCCCCUCAUUUUCAUCUCUCCACUGGUCAGUAUGUAUGCAGCAGGCCUACUAUCCUGAAGAGAUAGAUGUGCAGGCAGGUGGUUGAAGUAUCUAAUAGGCCAUGUCUCUACAUGGGGCCAUAUAUGUUUGACUCGGCCUGACAAUUAAUCAGGUUAUCAUUAUAUACAUAAGAGGCCGAGCACACAUAAAGUACAUCUCCUCCAAUCCCUGUAAUGGGAGAUUCUGACUGUUAGUUCAAUCUUUUCAGAGGAGAAAAUAAACAAGUAGGGCUACACAUAAUUGAGACAUGAUGAUUAUUGUAAAUAGACUGUUUGUAUUCAUUCUAGUGUCCCAUGUGGUCAUAUUAGGGAGGGGACCAACAAGCUGCUUCAGGCUAUAACUAUUCCUAAGAUUGGAUUGGCUUUCAAAACUCAUGUUUGUUUGUUUUGAAGAGAUUUUCAUUAAGAAAAAUGUGUGAUUUAGUAAAGCACAUAGAAACAAUUAUAGUACUAAGGUUCAUGACCAUCUUAUUACCAGUUUAUUACAAACAUAAACAAAUUGUUUGUAUCCCGCUCAAUUUGCAAUUCAAGCAACUGCUGUAAAAACACGUGUAUAUUGCUGAUUAUUUUGAUAUAAAAUCUGUCAAUCAAAGUAUCCCCAGAGACUGAAAGCAGUGUAAAAUGUAACUAUCCAGUGUUUUCAUUGUGGCAAAUGCUGGCUAAAUGGGAGUGGCGUGCUGUGUUCGGGGAGUAGCCUGAUUUGUUCACACAUUGUUCAUCAACAGAGCCAAAGACUGAACCAAGCAUCUAUCUAAUGUUGUAAAGCAAAUCUACUAAUUCCACAUUAUUGGUUGACCGCACGAAUUUAUCAGAUUUUGUCCCAAAACCCCACUCUCCACUGGUGGAACACUAUAGCAGAAUUCCAGGGAAUACAAUAUCCUCAUUGCUUUGUGCUACCUUCGCCAACUACUGUGCAAAGCUUGAGGAAAAACAACUUCUGAAAGAAACGAGAGGGUGGGGGGGAAACGAGACGGACUUCUUAUUAUACACCUAUUACAACGUUAGCUCUGUUUUCAAUUUUGUUUCGCAUGCUGAACAGGGGAAGGACGAAUGUGCAGUCUGUCCCUGCCGGUCGCGUGGCUUCUUUGUGUACAGCAGCUGCCUCUAAAUGCAUGGGCAAACAUCACGGCUUGGCGCAGAUAUCAUAAACSUUGAGGACGAGCUUGGACAUAGCUCAACCGUUAUUUGGGUUUCAAAACUAUGAACAGCUUCUUCAACGAGAAGAAGAGGAAUAACAAAACGUCGUAUUUUAUCCCUUACCUCUUCUUAUCCCGCUUUCUAUUUCUUUGAUUUACGGUCCCGAUAAAGCUUGCCCGCCUCGCCGCCUUUCUCUCACUCUGUGCGCGUGGAUUGUAAAAAGGUAGAAACAAAUUGAGCUCUGUUCACAGUACAGCUGCGCUGUUGCCUGAUACAUCAUGGAUGUACGGUUUUAUCCGAUUGCCGGAGGAAAUCCUAUUCCAGGAGACCCACCAAACCUGGAUUUUCCCCACUGUUUGGGCUACUACAACUAUAAUAAUGGUGGUGGUGAUACAUUCCACACCCCCAGCCUGGGAGACGAGGAGUUUGAGAUCCCUCCCAUCACCCCUCCUCCAGAGACAGAGUCUGGCCUGGGCCUAUCGGAUGUGGACUCCCCCUUCCCGGGGCACCCGCUCCAGCACAGGGGACCCUUCACCCCCCAGUUCCCCCCUCAGAGCCUKGAGCUGCCCUCCAUCACCAUCUCACGCAACCUCAUGGACCAGGAGGGGCUCUCCAGCAUCAACGGCCUGCCAUUGAACAUGCAGGGCCACCUCCGCCAGUACCCCCCUAACCCCGCCAUGGUCAUGAGAUCCAUCAUCAGCAUGAACAACCCCAAUGGUAUGAUGUCCCGGAACCAGCUGACCACCAUCAACCAGUCCCAGCUCAGUGCCCAGCUGGGCCUGAACAUGACAGGACCCAAAAUCCCCCAUACUUCGCCCUCACCACCAACCAGCAAGUCGGCCACGCCCUCACCCUCCAGCUCUAUCAACGAGGACGACCAAGACCAGGACAAUAGGGUAAUGGCAGGAGAGAAGCGCCCAGCACCAGAUGCUGGGAAGAAGCCCAAGACCCCCAAGAAGAAGAAGAAGAAGGACCCCAACGAGCCCCAGAAGCCAGUUUCAGCCUACGCCCUGUUCUUCAGAGAUACACAGGCCGCCAUUAAGGGUCAAAACCCCAACGCCACCUUCGGAGAGGUUUCCAAGAUAGUGGCCUCCAUGUGGGAUGGCUUGGGAGAGGAACAGAAGCAGGGCUAUAAAAGCAAAACAGAGGCUGCUAAAAAGGAAUAUUUAAAAGCCCUCGCUGCCUACCGCGCCAGCCUGGUUUCAAAGGCUGCCCAGGAAUCAGGGGCUCAGACCAUCCGUUCAGUCCAGCAGACCCUGGCCUCCACCCAGCCUGUCCCCAGGUCUGAUGCUGCCUUCGCCACUCUCCCAGCACCGUCCAUGUCCUCCAUGUCCUCCAUGGCCCAGGCUCUCCAGAACGGCAUGCCACGGGCCAUCGCCCCCAAGCCGCUGCAGAUGAGGAUGGGCAACCAGAUCGUGACCUCGGUGACGGUGCAGCACCAGAACAUGCCCAACGGUGUGCCAUCCCAGCUGCUGAACCAGAUGUGGGGAGGUGGUGGAGGAGGGGCAUGGUGGCCGGAGCCAGCCCACGGCCGUGUCCCAGAUGAGCCCGCCCAUGCAGGUGGCGUGGGCGGGCACAUGCAGCAGCUGCAGCAGCAGCAGAUGCAGCAACACCUGCAGCACCACCAGAUGCAGCAGCAGCAGAUGCACCACCAGCAGAUCCAGCAGCAGAUGCAGCAUCAGCAUUUCCAGCACCACCUCCAGCAGCACAAACAACAACAGCAGCAGCAGCAGCAGCAGCAGCAGCAGCAGAGGCAAUGACAUCAGCAACAGCAACUGCAACUCCACCAGAUGCAGAUGCAGCAGCUCCACCAGCAGCAGAUGCAGCAGCAUCUCCAACAACAGCAGCAACAGCACCAUGGGGGCUCCGCCUCCAUGGGCAGUCCCCAACCCGCCCCCCAGCCCACACCCCUCCAGAUCCAGGCCCAUGCCCAGGUUCUGUCCCAGGUCUCCAUCUACUGAGCCAAAUGAUGGAAG